AUGAACCUAAGUGAUCAAGAAUACACCUUAAUUAUAUCCUUGAUUGUGUAAGCCUUUUUCAUUUUGACAUACUAAAAGGUUGUCUUGAGCAAAUUGUCGAAUCUCAUAAUCAAGAAUAGCCAAGAUGCGAAAGAUGUAGUGAGAAAAGUCUUUUUUUUAUCAGAAUUGAUAAAUGAUAUGAACGAAGUGAAGGAGCUUUUCUAUUUCGGAGUGAUAGUUCAUCAUUUGAAUACAUCUCAUAAUCAUAAUGAUUGGAAAAACAUAGGGAUGAGAUGUUACUGUUAAUAGAAAGUAAUCUACAACGCUAAAAAAAAUAAUGAUGUUACAAAAUCAUUACAUUCUGUUAAAAAAAAUAAAAAACUUUAUACUAAAUUGGAAAUUAAAAGCCUUUAUGAAUAAUAUUUGAUAACUUCAUCGACUGAUAUUGAAAUACACAUUUUAUAUAUUAGAUUUCUUGUAUUCAAUAUGAAUCUGAAAUCUUUGGCUAUUUCAUCAAUUAGUAAUUUACUCAAGAAUUAAUACAAAAUUAAUUAUCUACAAAAGUUUCAGUUACGAUUGAUAAUCUAUUAAAUCAAAAUUAUGAUUCAGGAUUAGAAUACCUCAUCAUAUAAUGGUUAACUAGAUUUUGAAAGAGCUUUAGAAAUGGAGAGUACUGUUCAAUAGAUUAAAGUUUAUAUUUAAGAUAUUCUAAAUUUAAAAAUAUAAUUUUGGAAACAUCUUUUAAGAAAUUAAAUCAAUCAAGACAUAUUGAUUCAAUACGACGACUUAAUCAAUGAAAAUAUAUCUAAAUGCAAUUCUUUAUGGGACUUAAUUCUUAAUAGUGAAACGAGAAUCAGAGACAAAAUCAUUAAAAUAUCUUACUUAGAUAGAAGGAUAAAAUGGCAACUAUAUCAUUCUUGGUAUUGUCUUCAUAUCUUAAACUAAAAAAUCAAAUCAAAUCAAUAUUUUGAGACUGCUUCAUAAGAAGAGUUCGUCUAUGAAGAUUCAGAAUCAGAUGAUGAUAAGUAUGUAUUUAAUAAGUACUUCAAAGAUAAAUCAUUCAAUAAAACAUCAAUAAUUUUGCAUACUGAUCUUAAUGGCAACAUUUUAAAGUAAAGUUAAUCUUGCCAAGAAUUAACAGGCUAUUACAACUUGAAUAAUAUUUAUCAACUCAUCCCUUAAACAAUGAUUCGAAAUCACUAAAUUUAACUACUCAUGUUCAAGUCUCAAAGCAAAAGUAAUACUUUAUAUAACAGGAAAAAAGUCUAUAUGUAGCAUUAAUAAAACUAUAUAAUACCAGCCAAUAAAUAUUUAAAACUUGAAAUCAAUAGGUUUAAUUAAUUAGAGUUUAUUUGUAUGAUUAGACCCUUAAUAAGAUUAUAAUAAUAAAAUUAUUUGAUUUUAAAUGAAGAUUGGGAAAUUGAUUCAAUGACUGUAUAACUGUUGCCGUUACUAAUAUCAAAAGUUUGUGUAUUUAUUAUUUGUCCACAGUUAUUAAAUUUUACUAAGUAUCAAAGGUAUAUUACUUAAGAGGAUUUGUCAAUUUUUAACUUGUCAUUCAAAAAUGUACCCAAAUAAUAAGAUGAGGAAUCGUUAAAGUAAAAAGAGAGAGAGAAAAUAAAGGAGGAAUUAGAAGAUAUAUGCGUGUUAAAUAGUCAAAAUUAUUUUGAAUUUAAAGAUUACUUCAAUAAAACAACAGAUCAAACUCAGUUUACUUCAAAUCUAUAAAUCAUCGAUGAUGAAUUAAUACGUAUUGAGCAUUCCAAUUUUUAGAAAAUUGUAAAUGUUGAACAUACUUAAAUUUUGUUGAGAAUUCCUAAGAAUAUUGAGGAUUUGGUAGAAGAAUAUCACAAGUAAAAAUUAGAGAUUUUGUCAGACUUUUAACUGAAAAAGUCUAUGAUGUAUUUAAAUUUAGAAAGACAUUUAAUUGUCAAGGAUAAGUUUGGCUAAUUAAAAAUUAACUAACCUGAAUUAUUAAAAAGAAUUUACAGUUUGUAGGAAGAAUAUCAUCAAUCGCAAUACCAAAUACUAAGUAACACUUAAGUUAUUACUUAGAAAAAUUGUAUAUAAAAUAUUGCUAUCGUAAAAGGAAUCUCAAUAAAAUAAUUAAAGUGGAUGGAUCAAUUAAGUUUAGUAGGAGGAACUUGA